AAUCAGGAUGUCUGAAUCUAUAUACAAAGUUCGCACUUAGAAAUAUUUGAAACCCAUCUUAGAGACCUAGAUAAUUGGUAUAUCUAGAGUAAUUCUGGGAUUGCCAAUCGAUCAUGUGUUUGAUAGAUUCAAGACUCUACUUCAAGCUGAGAGCACCCAAUCAUCGAUGAAAUAAUUGUUCAAAGAUACUUAUCGAAGGAACGGAGUUCUUAAAGGAGUAUUUGCUGGUUUCUCAUCCCAAAUCAGUAUUCAAUUGUUUAAACAAUACUACAGGUAAAUUUGAAAAAUGAACCCAAUAGAUGGCCAAUGAUGAUAUUGAUACCCAAAUACUACAAAGAACUUUUACCAAGUUCUUGGGUAGAGAAUCACCCAGCAUUACACAAAGGAUUGGCAGGUGCAACAAUUGCCUUGUUUGAGUCGUUUGUGACUUGUCCUUUAGAAAGAAUUAAGUGUUAAUUGAUGACUCAACAUUAAUCAAAAUCAAGUAUCUUUUAAUUAAUAUAUCAUUAGUACUUAAAUAGUUAUGGAGAAAUGAGAGGUCAUUGUCGCACUUUGUAAGAAAUUUGUACACCGGCAUGGAGGCUAUGGUUUUGAAGUAGGUAGUAUCCUGGACGAAUUACCUCUAUUGGGAUCACAAAAUUAGAUACUUCUUUAAGGAGAAUCCCAGUUAGGCACUCACUUUACCUUAAAUUGCGAUGUGCAGUUUAUUGACUGCAGUUCCAAACAUCCUUUUGGUUUAACCAUUUGAUGCUGUUAAGACUGCUUAUCAAAUGGAACAAAAUGGAAAUUACAAAUAACUAACCAUCCCACAAGCCUUUGUGAAGGUUUACAAAGACAAAGGUUUGAUUGGGUACUACGCUGGUUGGUAGCUAAGGUUGUCUUAAUUCAUAGUUCAAGCAGCCUUAAGUACUCCAGUAAUGGAUUAUUUGGAAAGAUUACAUGGUCUUCCAAAUGAACUCUGAAAUUCAUAGUUAAUACUAUCAACUGAAUAUUUUUGAUAAUAAUUAAAUAUUUAUAUAU